UUCCCCCUCCCUUCUCCCCCUCCCUCGAGUGUCCAGGUUCCUCAGCUAGCCCAGGCCGAGUCAGUGUCAGUCAGGGAGCCGGACUGCCGAACGGUGUGUGCGGACGCUCCGCUGCAAUCUCGCCCAGGGACCGGUGCCUGCGCUCGCGCCGCCGGGUGGGAAGGAUGAAGCCGCAGCUGGAGCAGCCACCCUAUGAUUGGCUGUGGCGCUUGUGAACCCGAAGUAAAGAUGGCGGGCGGGCAGGCAGCCGCCGCACUGCCCACUUGGAAGAUGGCGGCGCGCCGCAGCCUCAGCGCCCGCGGCCGGGGGGUCCUGCAGGCGGCGGCCGGGCGGCUGCUGCCGCUGCUACUGCUGAGCUGCUGCUGCGGCGCGGGCGGCUGCGCAGCAGCGGGCGAGAACGAGGAGACGGUGAUCAUCGGCUUGCGGCUGGAGGACACGAACGACGUGUCGUUCAUGGAAGGGGGGGCGCUGCGAGUGAGCGAGCGGACCCGGGUCAAGCUGCGGGUGUACGGGCAGAACAUCAACAACGAGACGUGGUCCCGCAUCGCCUUCACCGAGCACGAGCGGCGGCGCCACAGCCCGGGCGAGCGCGGGCUGGGGGGUCCCGCGCCGCCAGAGCCGGACAGCGGCCCCCAGCGCUGCGGCAUCCGCACCUCAGAUAUCAUCAUCUUGCCCCACAUCAUUCUCAACCGCCGUACAUCGGGCAUCAUUGAGAUCGAGAUCAAACCGCUGCGCAAGAUGGAGAAGAGCAAGUCCUAUUACCUGUGCACAUCGCUCUCCACGCCAGCCCUGGGCGCCGGCGGCCCGGGGUCCGCAAGUGGCGCCGUCGGGGCCAAGGGCGGCUCCGGGGUGGCCGGGCUCCCGCCACCCCCGUGGGCCGAGACCACCUGGAUUUAUCACGACGGCGAGGACACCAAGAUGAUAGUGGGCGAGGAGAAGAAGUUUCUGCUGCCCUUCUGGCUGCAGGUGAUCUUCAUUUCGCUGCUCCUGUGCUUGUCGGGCAUGUUCAGCGGCCUCAACCUGGGGCUGAUGGCCCUGGACCCGAUGGAGCUGCGCAUCGUGCAGAACUGCGGCACCGAGAAGGAGAAGAAUUACGCCAAGCGCAUCGAGCCCGUGCGCAGGCAGGGCAACUACCUGCUGUGCUCACUGCUGCUGGGCAACGUGCUGGUCAACACCACGCUCACGAUCCUGCUCGACGACAUCGCCGGCUCCGGCCUCGUGGCGGUGGUGGUCUCCACCAUCGGCAUCGUCAUCUUCGGGGAAAUCGUGCCCCAGGCCAUCUGCUCCCGGCACGGCCUGGCUGUAGGGGCCAACACCAUCUUCCUCACCAAGUUUUUCAUGAUGAUGACCUUCCCCGCUUCUUACCCGGUUAGCAAGCUGCUGGACUGCGUCCUGGGCCAGGAGAUAGGUACUGUCUAUAACCGGGAAAAACUGCUGGAGAUGCUCCGGGUCACCGACCCCUACAACGACCUCGUUAAGGAGGAGCUGAACAUCAUCCAAGGGGCGCUGGAGCUCCGCACCAAGACAGUGGAGGACGUGAUGACUCCGCUCCGGGACUGCUUCAUGAUCACCGGCGAAGCCAUUCUGGACUUCAACACCAUGUCGGAGAUCAUGGAGAGCGGCUACACUCGUAUUCCAGUGUUUGAGGGGGAGCGCUCCAACAUCGUGGACCUCCUCUUUGUCAAAGACUUGGCCUUCGUGGAUCCAGAUGACUGUACUCCCCUGAAAACCAUCACUAAAUUUUAUAACCACCCCUUGCACUUUGUUUUCAAUGACACCAAGUUGGACGCUAUGCUGGAAGAAUUUAAGAAAGGUAAAUCUCACCUGGCUAUUGUGCAGCGAGUAAACAAUGAGGGAGAAGGGGACCCAUUUUAUGAAGUUCUGGGAAUUGUCACAUUAGAAGAUGUGAUUGAAGAAAUCAUCAAAUCUGAGAUUCUAGAUGAAACAGAUUUAUACACUGAUAACAGAACGAAAAAGAAAGUGGCCCAUCGUGAAAGAAAGCAAGAUUUUUCUGCCUUCAAGCAGACAGACAGCGAGAUGAAGGUUAAAAUAUCACCACAGCUUCUCUUGGCCAUGCACCGUUUCCUAGCAACAGAAGUAGAAGCAUUUAGCCCAUCCCAGAUGUCAGAGAAGAUCCUUCUAAGGCUGCUAAAGCACCCCAAUGUCAUCCAGGAACUGAAGUAUGAUGAGAAGAACAAGAAAGCCCCAGAAUACUACCUCUACCAGCGAAACAAACCUGUAGACUACUUCGUUCUCAUUUUGCAGGGGAAGGUGGAAGUAGAAGCUGGGAAAGAAGGUAUGAAAUUCGAAGCCAGUGCUUUCUCCUACUAUGGUGUGAUGGCCCUCACAGCCUCUCCAGUUCCUUUGUCCCUGUCUCGUACCUUUGUUGUCAGCAGAACAGAGUUGUUAGCAGCAGGUUCUCCAGGUGAAAACAAGUCGCCGCCUCGCCCAUGUGGCUUGAAUCACUCAGACUCUCUCAGCCGAAGUGACCGGAUUGAUGCGAUAACGCCGACACUGGGGAGCAGCAAUAAUCAGCUCAAUUCUUCGUUCCUUCAAGUCUACAUCCCCGACUACUCCGUGCGAGCCCUUUCUGACCUUCAGUUUGUUAAGAUCUCAAGACAGCAAUACCAAAAUGCCUUGAUGGCAUCCCGGAUGGACAAAACUCCUCAGUCUUCAGACAGUGAAAACACUAAAAUUGAAUUGACUCUUACGGAGCUGCACGACGGGUUGCCAGACGAGACAGCCAACCUGCUCAAUGAACAGAACUGUGUGACACACAACAAGGCCAAUCACAGCCUGCACAGCGAAGGUGCCAUCUAGGGCGCCCCCCCACCAACCCUCGCCCCCACUCCCGAGGCCUCAGGCCAGCUGACCGUGAAUCCCAUUAGCGUGAGCUUGUGUGCCGUGCUGCGUCCUGCAACAUCCUGAGACCAAAGACUUUGUUCCCUUCCUGGAAGCAGCAGAGGAGGACGGUGAGGGUGGACUGGAGACCAGAGGUGUGAGAUCGACAGCUAGGGCAUGGCAUCCGAGAUGGUGGAGACGAGCCUCUUCCACCCAAAUAGAAUCAUGUUUAUUUUUUCAGUUGUACCUUUUAUUCCUUAUUCACUCUCCUCCUUCCUCAAUUUGCAUGAAGUUGAAAAUUGUUGCGGUUUAUUAUUUUUUUGUCCCCCAAGAGAUCAUGUUUUUAAAAAGUGUCUUUUGCAGAGUUUUACGUUGUUGUGUCUGAACUCUGCUGUGACUCCAUGAUGUGACCCGCACAGAAUGGACUUGCACCUCGGCCCUCGUAGGGAGGGGUGCGCUUCCUCUGCGCCCAGCGGGUGUCGCUGUGGAACUUGAAGGAUGAAUGAAGAAAGCGGUCGAUGCCAACCCGCCACGUCUGUCCCACUGUGGGGUGGAGCCUGAACGGGGUGGGGGGGGGGGGCCUGCAGCCGCCUCUGUGAGCUCAGUGUUGUUUUAAGUUAAUGUUUAACCGUGUCCCUUCCCCUCAGAAAGGUUUAACAUUUGCUUGGAAUGUGAUUUUGCUCCUACUCUAAGGAAUUUUUAUCACCAAAAUGAAUGUUAAUGAAUUUUAAA